AAAUACUGUAUUGGUCAUUUUGUUAUACCGGUAGAAGGCCAAUCUCUAAAGCUUACAAAAAGUGUGAAACGAUUAGGCCUACAUAAAUCGAAAGAGGGAUGAGAUAGACAGGGAAUGCACACAUUUCAGAGAAAUUAUUGCCACCAAAAAAAAAAAUCAAAAAAAGGGGGGUAGUAAUAAUCACGUUUCUGUUAGAGUUGUAACCCCCCAAAAAGCGGAUUUUUUACUUGUUUGUAAAGCCUCUAUAAAAGGCGAAGAUAAUGAACAGCCAUCAAUCUCAUAACUGCUAUAUAAGUAAUACAAAAUAGAUAGUUGCAUAAUAAGACACAAAACUUGCUAUGUAGUUUAAUAGGGGGGGGGGGGGGGGGGGUUCCUCCUUAAAAUACAUCGGGUUCGGAAUAUAUAUCAUGCUACUUUCAGUUUCAUUUUGUUAUUUACAAAAGGCUUAGCUGCUUACCUAACCCUCACAUAUCGUACUAGUGGGUCACCUACAAGUAUUGUCAUCCCUUUCUCAAGGUGACCAAGGAUACACAUUAAAUUUUCUCUGUCAUAAUUGUGAUAUUGAAUUGAAAAGAAAUAUAGCCAACGCCCUGAAAUAUAACCAUGUUCCGGGCUGGCCAACAAAUGUUACGUCAUAUUCAAACAGUCACCGAAGAACUUCAAAGGACAUUAACAGCAUAUAGAACAAUGGCGACCAGUUCAAAGGCCAGUUUUAGGAGUGGUAAAGACAACGAGGACUUGUCAAAAUCUUUUCUAACGUUAGAAACUAUCGAUGUCAACAUAUAUAGAGCUUCACCCAAAAGUCUUUGGCGACCAGUGGAUUCCAGGUUUGUUUUUGGGGGACAGGUGAUUGGUCAAGCAUUAACAGCAGCCUUUAGUACCGUGCAAGAACCACUUUUAUUACACAGUCUUCACUGUUACUUUUUAAAGGGAGGAAGCAAUGAAAAGCCCAUUCUGUACCACGUGGAUCGUACUCGCGAUGGCAGGACGUUUUCUAGCCGAAAUAUCAAGGCCACACAAGAUGGUGUUCCCAUAUUCUCCAUGCAGGCCUCUUUUAAAAUAGAUGAGACAGACCCACUGGAACAUCAGUUCACAAUGCCUGUAGUCCCCAAUCCAGAAGAUUUAAUCAGUUCCAAAGAAUAUAUGAAAAACAGAUUAGAAACAGAGAAAUUGACAGACUCUCAGAGAAUGCGGAUAAGUGAAUACCUGACACAGUCCAUCCAUAUAGAAUCCCGUCCAAUAGACCCAAAGGUUUAUCAUCGCCAAGAACAAGGAGAGCCUCGACGUUAUGUCUGGGUCAGAGCCAUGGAAGAUAUAGGGAAUGACAUGCAACUUCAGCAGUGUGUUGCAGGAUUCAUAUCAGACUUGGCCUUGCUGGGGGCUGCUAGGCAACCGGCUCCAGUUGGACAUAAAAUAGGUUUCAUUACAUCAUUAGACCACAGUAUGUGGUUUCACAAUCCCUUCCGAGCAGACGAGUGGAUGUUGUAUGAAAUUGAAAGUCCUCAUUGUGGUAAAGGCAAAGCCUUUGCUACCGGCCGGAUGUGGAAGAGAGAUGGCACCUUAGCAUUGUCAAUGGCACAGGAGGGAGUCAUGAGAUCAAAGAUUUGAACAGUGAAAGAAAACUGUAGAACCAGCGCUUUAAUAUUUAUUGUGGACAAAUAUUCUUGUUGUGGUAGACAGUGUUUUAGUGAUGUGUCUAAAUGCAGUGUUAUUAUCCUACAGCUGAAUGGAUUCACACACACAGUCCUGGAAGUAGGUUUUCUGUGUUAGUUUCUUUAUUGUGAAGAUUGGUGAAUCCUACUCUAGAUCUUUCUGUCUCCAUUAAAGUUUGAAAUGAUAUACAUUCAUAACUUAAGGUAGCUCACUACACUAAAGAUUAUACUCUGUAUGGCAUCACGUCACAAGAUGGCGAUUUAAAUGUUUUGUGAAAUUAUUUGUAUCGAUCGAUUUGUUUGUCUAGUAUCGUAGCUCAGUGGUUAAAGCAUUGGGCUGGUGAACCGCAGAUCUCGAGUUCAAAUCCCCCAGAAUCUUUUGUUCAUAUGUGUUGAAAUAAUUUUUUUGAAAAUGGUGUUUUUAUCAAAAUUUGUAUAUCUUUUGCCUUUUUGGCAGAUAUACUUAUUGUAUAUCAUCAUAUCUUUUAUAAUUAAAUCAAUUCGUACUGAUUUGAGAAACUACUUCCGGGUGUCGAUAUAUUUAUUUGUAUCAUUUUCAAAGUUACACUUGAUAUGUGUUAGAAUUGUCUGAGCUGCUUACUGUGGAAUCAUUAAAAUUUAUGGGGAGCAA